CCAAUAACACAACAGAGUUUGCCUUUUGACAUUUCGGUGAGCUGAACGAAAAAAAUGGCGACAGAAAUUGGACAGACAGACUGCAGAUGCCACCUUAGUUUUUGUCGGUUUUCCUUCGAGUCAGCAUGCGGCUUUGCAGCCCAAUUAAAUCCAAUUUCUACCGCCAGAAGAGAAAGGGCUGAUUAGGCGGGAGAGAGCAAAAAUCGACCAGUUACAACAAGAUAAGAACAAGAGAGCCUUUACAGUGGCUUUCUUGCUUUACAGAAAGAUGCAAAGAGAUGCUGCUGAGGUGCCUUCGUCUGAAGAGUGUUCGGCAGUCCGUGUGAAGCAGGAGCCAGGGGAAGGAACAUCCAGACAGUCGUCCUCGGAGAGCGGUAAGGCAACAUCCUCCACCUCCUGCCCUCCAGAUGAUACCACGGUCAUCAGCGAUGCUGAAGAUAGCGACAGGGAUCCAGAGAGGGAAGAUGAGUUGGGUGUCAACGGAGACGAAUCGCCCACCAUGAGUGAUGACCAGGGUGACAUCAGCCUUGGAUGUCAUGAUGGACCACUCAACAUACAGGCACAGGGCGAUAGCCCCAUGCAGCCAGAGAGUCACAUGGCCUAUGCUUCCCAAGUACAGAGAGAGGACUCGGCGGGUUCUGGCUACGGCUUCACCAGCAGCACGGAAACCGAAUUUGCCGGCAGCGAGGAACAAGGCCAGGAUAGGGAAUUCAGGGAUUUUAUAUGCCGUCUUUGCAAGCGCACCUUCUCCAAAAAGCAGAGUCUACGACGGCAUAUGAACCUGCACAGUGGUCACCGUCCUUUCCAGUGCCCGUUCUGUGAGUACCGGUCGUCACGCAAGGACCACCUGCAGCUUCACAUGAGGACGCGACACGAUCCGGGCCAGAGCAAGCACUAUGUGUACAAGUGCCCGAUCUGUGGUAACUCAUUUCCCAGCCAGAAGAGGGUGCUAACCCACCUCAAGAGCCACCAGACUGUCCACCGUUGCGAACAGUGCGACUACGGCUUCCCUUCACUUCUCGCCUAUGAAAACCACAAGAAGAUGAAACAUGCCACUGUGUCUUGCCCACCUACGACUGAGCCUAGCUCCUUCACGUGUCCGACCUGUAAGUAUGAGUGUGUCAGUGCAGAGGAUUACAACAAUCACCUUCAGAGCCAAAGGCACCGUGACAUGAUCACGGCAUCCGUGCGCGUCCCACAAAUACACGUCCAGCGUCGGCUGCAGAUGGGCGGAUCAUCAGCUUCAGCUAGCUCCAUGGAAAGCGCUUCUUCCCUGGAGAGAGAAACUAGCUUUGAAUCAGUGCAAUCGGGGCGAUCCAUGCCCCCCUCCGGACUGGUAAGCAUGCCCAGUAUCUCAGCAGAGGUUCCCUGUACGGGAACUGUGCCACUAUCCUUGGUUAAAGUUCCAACAAUAACCGUGUCGCCUAAUCACCAACGAAGGGAGGAGAGUUAUGAACACUCCCCUUCCAGGGAUGACAAUAGUCCAAGUCAGAGGCAGUGUAUACCCCAAGGUAGGGGAGGUUCAGCUAACCUCCCAGUCAUCUCUCACAUAGUUUCUCUACACCAGAACGGUAAGGAAUCUGCAACUAGGCGCUCCCCUCUACGAGAGAGCAGGUCCACCUCGGGAUCUGCACCCAAAUCCUAUGAAUCCUACGAGUCGGGUAAAAGUUCGUCCAGUUUUGAGUCUCCAGGUUUUCUCCUCCCCAAGGCAUCUGCUGUGUCGCCUCAGCGGUCAAGCCGUACGCCGAGCCCUCAAGGCACGCCCUUGCUGAUGAUCGGGGGCAUGCACGGGAGGCCGGACGACUCGCCCCACAAACGAAGGUGCCUAAGUCAUACUGGAUCCUCCAGUUUGGAAUCUCAGCCGUCCUCGGAGCUGAUGGCGGGGGUGUGGGGAAGCCAGCCCACCCCGGUCAUCUGCCGUGACAACAGCACACAGGAUGACGUCUGGAGAUGCGAGUUCUGUCACAUCAUCUUCCCAGACAACAUCAUGUACGCCAUCCACAUGGGCUGCCACGACCUCCGCAAUCCUCUACAGUGUAACAUCUGCGCCUUCCAGUGCCAAGAUAGGUAUGAGUUCACCUCGCAUAUAGCCAGAGGCUUGCAUAGCAAAAGCCCCUCUGGGCGGGCAAGCCAGUAUUAAUGUUGAAAUCAACAGGUAUCUAUUUGAAAGAAAAAUAUUCAAAUUUAAAAAUACUGGGAAUAUAUUUUACUGUUUAACACGUAAGAGAUUAAAUAAUUUAAAAGCAGAAAAUCUACAUUUUUAUUCAUCAUGAGAAUAUGAAUCCGUAUACAGCUGUUUAUCAAUUAAGUACGUAAUUUGCUGUAGGUUUGGUAUAACUUGCACAAACUCAUGCAAUAGAAUCAUUGGUGUAAAACCUAACCACUGACGUGACUGAUAGGAAAAGCUACAUGUACCUAGACACGUUCAGUACACAUAGUACAUGUAGGCUGUAAAUUUGCGACCCAAAUUCUAACCCGCUUUGGAUUUUUACUAGGAACCUUCUGAAAUUCUUCAAAUUAUUCUUAAAUCAUGUGUACAAGACUUCUUGGUUCAUUUCAUCAGCACUUGGUCGUCACAUUGCACUGUUCAUGAGCAAGGCUUAAACUAAGGUCCAUGCGAUGAAUUUUUCUUAGGAACACAUUUUGUGCAACUUUCUACUCAAAUGUAUGAAACUAUUUGACAUGGAUCCCUUUUUGGUUAAUUUUAUUGAAAAGUGCACUUCUUGAAACAUUUACCAUUUUCCAUACUUUUCCGGACAAUUGAGGGCGCUGUUGCUGUGAUGUCAUUUCAGGAAGACACUGUUCAGUUUAGGGGUUUUCUGUUCAAAUUGUGAACCCCAAAUUUGCUCAUCGAAAACAUUCAGUGAUUCAUUUGCUCAUUGAGAAAGGUUUGCUCAUUGGCUUUCUGCCAUGUACUUACCGUACUCGACAAUGAAUCAUCAAAGAAAAGAAAUUUUAUGACAGCAAAAUACCCAAAUUCUAGUCACCUUUUGUGCCAAAUUUGAAUUAGCAUCAAUAACAGAAAGGCACCAAAAUACCCUUCAAAAUGAAGGUUAAAUGGGACAUAAAGUUGUAUUUUCAAGGAUGGCGUUAGAAAAUUACAUUGCAUGGGCCCUUUAAAUUAAAGCCCAUCAUUAAAAGCAUCCCUACUUACUAGCCAGGAGUAGCUUCAGACAAACUUCCUCAACCGAUUCGAUACAGUGUACAUGUACAUGUACCGUAGUUCUGGCAUGAGUUAAAUUAAACUUACAAGUAAAUUAUCUUUUAAUUAACAUGUCAACGAUUUUAAAAAACUGCUAGUAAAGUCCUAUUCAACCUGACUGAUUUGAACCGAAUUAUGAACAGUUCAAAAGGAAAAAAGUCUGGUAUCGGGACAUUGCAUGUUAGUGUAAGACCCUGUAAAACAUGUCCUUCAAUGACCCUUCCUUCAGGGAUUCUUAUUUACACAGAAGUCCCAUAAACAGAAAUUCUUAAGUUCAGUUUGUAAAAACAGACGGCAACUUUUAUCGUGUUGUCUUUGCCAUUGGCACGUACCCUUGUUUCCACAGACAAUUCAACAUGUUCCUUUGUAAAGUUCUGCGACACAGAUGUAUACAUACAUACAUGUACAUCUUCAUGAACAACUUAACGUAUUGGCAAUUGCUCCCCCCUCCAGAAUUGAAUACAAACCACAUGUGGUUUUGCAUGUGGUUACCUAAAAAGGUUUCACCAUGUACAUGUACAAUGUACAUGUGUGCCCCUCCCCUCUCCCAUAACAGAGUAUUGAUAAAAUCUGAUUCAUCCAGGCAUCACCAGUAUACAUCUACAUUGUAGGCUAUGAUGGAAUACCUUACUUUCCCAGGUCAAACACCCAUUUCCUGAAAGAAAAAAAAACAACGUCGCCAGCGAUUUCUUCGUUCCUCGCAACAUACUUAACUGAUUACAAAAAAUCCACUGCUAAAGCAUGACUCUGAAGAUUGGUCUCUGGUGGCCAGGCAUCGUGAGUGAGUUAUCCUCAUUUUGGCAAUUUCCUUACUUCAUUCAAAACUUCCACUUUGCUGGAUUCCAGGGCAGUUUGUAAACUCAAAACACAGUCUGUUACCUGUCCUUAAAAAAUUAUGGCAGUUGAUAUUGAUGACAUGUUUUUUAAACCUUUUUCUGUACAACUGCAUUUUUUGGUUGUUGCAACAUUGUGCACUUCAUAAUUUAUCCUUGGCAGACCUUAAUGAGUCGUUUGUUUUAAUUUUUUUUGCCAAUUUUGUUUUCUAACAUGUUAAUAUGUCCAGCAGUUCCUUCCACUUUGGCAAACGUUGCCAACUUUGCAGACAUUUUUCCGUUGGAUAUGCACAAAGAAUUCAAGAACGUUGGGAAUUUUUUUUUUUUUUUACACCAACCGCACAAUACUUUUGACAUCUGACAUUUUGAAAUAACACGUUAUCUUACAUUCUCCUGAGGAUUUACAUUGUACAUGGUCAUAGAUAAGCAGGCAUACUUCCUUGGAUUAAGAUUCUAAUUUUGAAGGUAGUACAAGGUAGUAUAUUGAAUUUUAUUUUGAGAACCUGAUUUGGGGAGAUUUGAGAUAUUUCUUUCAAACUCAUCCAUUAAAGAUUUCCAUGUUAUCUUGAAAAAAAAAAAAUAUAAAAAAAGGAGAAGACUUAAUGCCAAAGUUUGCAUGUUCCAAAUUGAAAUCUUUCUUUUUUUUCACCCCGAACCUGAUAUCAAUCAGAAUUUGAAGUUAAGCUUGUUCCAAACAGUACAUGUAUAUAUUACUCCAAGUUUAUUCACCCAGAACAUCCUUCAAAAGAUUGUUCUGCUUGUUAUUUUUUCAGUCGUAAUGUACUUGGCCCUUCCAAAUUUCUCUGUGGAUGACUAAUGCACUGCUGUAGUCAGAAACCCGGAUGUGCAAUGAUGUGAAAGCAUCCAAAAUCUCAGAUCACAAAAACAUGUCCAGUCAGAAUCUUUUAUUUUGUCAGAGAAACUCUUAUCACUCUGGUCACAAGUGCAAGUGAUGGAAGUGUAAAAAUCCCAAUCCUUUCAAGUUUGACAGUGCACAUAGUAUAAUGACUUUUUACACCUCCAUUUCAAAAUGAAAUGCACUUUUGGGAAUUUUUUGCCUUAAAAGUGCGCUUUUAAUCAGAUAUAUAGUAAGUAACAACCUGUACCGGUAGGUCUUGGCACAUGUACAUUGUACAUGUACAGAUGUGUCUACACUUGUUUUAUACAGUUGUGUUUUACUAUACUCUGGAGGACAAUGCUUUGUGUUUCCCUUUGUCCCUGUAAAAUAACACUCUCCCAUAGAUUAAGCACAUA